AUGGCACCCAACCUUAAUCACCGCACUUCUUCCCUCCACACUUUGGACUUGGAUCUUCUUGUCCAACCAAUCAAGGCAACAUUCCCACCACUUACAUUGGAGGUUGCCCAACAAACGCCAAUGACGAUCGAGUCAUCUCAACAAGACAGCAGCAGCUACUGGGAAUGGUCGUCUGAGAACGACGCUGAAAUCAACAAGCUUGUUGACGAAGAGUACCUCUCGGCUGAUCAUAUUGUUUCCAACAUCCUCCUAAGCCAACCAGCUGUCAAAGCGUCGUCCCUUUCGGCUGCUAAUGAUCAAUACUGGGGCUGGUCUCACGCUCGAACAGACAGUGUUGACUACUGGAACUGGAAUUCCACCAGUGACGAACAAAGAAGGAGAAGCAGAGUUGUCCAAGUACGACCAGCUUCGGUUCAAGAGACUGACUCCUACUGGGCCUGGUAA